AGCGGGCGUCUUGGCGCGGCGCGCAGGCGCGGCGGACCGGGUGGCCGCGGCUUCAUGUGGAGGUCAGGGGCGCUGCGGGAGGCGAGCGGGCCGCGCGCGGAGGGACUCGCUAAAGGGGCUAGAGCUGGACGUGAGAAAUGGCCGCGAAGGUGUUCGAAAGCCUUGGGAAGUUUGGCCUGGGGUUAGCUGUUGCAGGCGGAGUCGUCAAUUCUGCUCUUUACAAUGUUGAUGCAGGCCACAGAGCUGUUAUCUUUGACCGAUUCCGCGGAGUCCAGGAUACGGUGGUGGGAGAAGGAACCCACUUCCUCAUCCCCUGGGUACAGAAACCAAUCAUUUUUGACUGUCGGUCUCGCCCACGUAACAUUCCUGUCAUCACUGGCAGCAAAGAUCUACAGAACGUGAACAUCACGUUGCGUAUCUUGUUUAGACCAGUGACUGCCCAGCUACCCCGGAUUUUCACAAGUAUUGGAGAAGACUAUGAUGAGCGUGUCCUGCCUUCAAUCACAACUGAAAUCCUGAAGUCUGUUGUGGCUCGCUUUGAUGCUGGAGAAUUGAUCACUCAGAGAGAGCUGGUCUCAAGGCAAGUGAGUGAAGACCUCACGGAGAGAGCAGCAACCUUCGGCCUCAUUCUAGAUGAUGUGUCCUUGACCCAUCUGACCUUUGGCAAGGAGUUCACAGAGGCAGUUGAAAUGAAGCAAGUGGCCCAGCAAGAAGCGGAGAGAGCCAGAUUCAUUGUGGAAAAGGCUGAGCAGCAGAAGAAAGCAGCUGUCAUCUCUGCUGAAGGAGACUCAAAAGCAGCCGAGCUGAUUGCCAACUCGCUGGCCACUGCAGGCGAUGGCUUGAUUGAGCUGCGCAAACUGGAGGCAGCUGAAGACAUCGCUUACCAGCUCUCACGGUCCCGCAAUGUCACCUACCUGCCCUCCGGACAGUCUGUGCUCCUCCAGCUGCCACAGUGAAUGUGGCUCUGCAGCCAUAGCUAACAUGAUCACUUCUACCUACCAGAUCAGCCCUUUCCAAAAGAAUCAUUGCAAUUUCCAGAUUGGGUAAAAGAGAGGAAAUUAAAAUCCAACCCCUUUUGAGUUCUUAAAUAAAACCAAACACUCUUGACAACAGACCUGCAUUCCUCCCAUGUACGGUCAGAGCAGUGGCUCCAGUGACCAUUAAGCUAGGUGUGAGAAUUGCCCCUUUCCAGGCAGUUUGAGCAGCAGGAGCAGAGCUGGGGAGUGUUUUCAUCUCUUGACUUCUGGGAUGAACAAGUACCCCAGGAGACUUCCUGACCACAAGAGUGCCGAAUCAAUCAGGUUUCCCAGUGAUGCAUCAGUGCCUUUAGGCUGUUUGAGCCGUGGUCGUUACAGACUCGCAUGUCCUGGACUAUGGAACAGGGAUGCUCAGGGCUCGCUCUUCAGUCAAGCCAGUGUUUCUCCAGGUGUCAGCUAAGAGUAAGAGGAUAUCUCAGUUAGGUUAGUGGCUCUGCUGUGCCUGUGUGAACCAUGGCACUGUUAGCACAAGGCACAGAUUGAAUGGAUUGUGGCUGGGGGUGAGAAAAGCAGAGAUCCACCUUAAGGACUAGCUGGAGGAGAAGAUACUUUCUCUGCAGGAAAUACUUCUCAGUCCCAUGCUAGAAGUGGGGCAUCUCCGCUUCUCCCCCCCCUCUGCCGCACACUGUUCUGUUUGCUGUUGCCUGCCCUGUUGUGCAACGUUGGUUCUUUCACCAAGGUCAGUAAAUGUGGCAGCUGGUCUAUUCCGAAUGGUGCCUCGGACAAAGAGGGGCUGACUCCGUGCUCCGUGGCUCAGGCAGUCUGAGGUGGGCUGAAUUCUCUGUUACAUCAGUGCUCUUUUUAUUUAGGGAAUCUGAAUUGCAAGGAGAACGUGAUGGGUGAGAUUGUAUAACUAGCCUUCAAUAAAUGCCAUGGUCCCAA